GCUUAUUCACUUAUUAAAGGUUCAGUUCACCCGACUACAAGAAAAUCCUCUUCUCACUUCUCCAGCGGUGACUCACCAGAUGCGCUGAAUGAAUUUGACAGGUUUUGAGAUGUGUGAGAUUACCGAUUAUCCGAUACAACGGAGGCGGAAGAAGGGUUUUGUGUUUGAUUCUCAAGGGAUAAUAAUGACAUUUAGAUAUGCUAAUAGUAAAACAAAAAUUCCACAGAAAGUGUAUCUCUGUUACUUUAGCCGCACAACACAGUGCCAACGCCUCUCUGUGGACUAUUGGAAAUAGUUGUUGCUCUUAAAUAAUUAACUAGCCCUCCUAUUUUCAAUUCUGUAAGCGUCACAAAGAAGACAGAAAUAACACCAUUGCCCCGGGGGGCCUGCAGAAAUACACAAAAACAGUAGUAAAAUACCUUUUUUGGGAAUUUGGGUGAAUAAAACCUUUAAUAUCAUUGCCAAAACUCCUCAAUCGAGGGUUGGGAUUCGAGGAAGAAUGAAAGCGUCACUUUUUCCUGUAGUCAAGUUACGAGUUUGUGUUUUUGCAAAGAAAAUUUGCAAUGCAUAGUUCCCGGGUGUGUCCUGAGUGCAGCCACAGGCUGUGCACCAAACUUCCAGUCAGUGCAUCUUUUGGAUUCAGAUGGAAAGAUCAGCUUCUCAAUGGUUUUGACCAUGGUGGAUAUAUUUCCAUUAUUGCAUUGAGCUGUUACCAAAGUCAAUCUAGAAGGACAAAAUGAAUAAGAAACGAUACUUUCUGGAGCCUCCAGAGGUCAAAGACUACCUGGUCAAAGGAGAAAGAUUUACCAAGUGGUCUGAGGACUCCACAAAGACUGUUCCUGUCACCAUGAAGAUGGAUCCAAAAGGUUUUUACGUUUACUGGGUCAACCAAAGCAAGGAGACAACGUUUCUGGAUGUGGCCACUGUCAGGGAUACCAGAACAGGAAAAUAUGCCAAACUUCCCAAACACACCAAGGUUCGCAACGUGUUCAACAUGGACUUCCCGGACAGUAACCAUCUCACCAAAACGUUGACCAUCGUCUCAGGUCCCGACACAGUGAAUCUGACCUACCAUAACUUCUUUGCCUCCAAGGACAAAGUGUCACAGAACUGGGCCAAUGACAUCCUUGCAAUCGCCUACAAUGCUGCGAGAAACAACGCGUGCAGAUAUGUCUUCCUGGAGAAGAUAUACACCCGCCUUUCUCUUCACACCAACAAGGACGGCAAGAUCCCAGUGAAAAAUAUUUACAAGAUGUUCCCUGCGGAUAAGAAGAGGGUGGAAAGUGCCCUGGCGUCAGCACACCUCCCUAAAGGAAAGUUUGACACCAUCAAGUCUGAUGUCUUUACCGAGUCGGCCUUCAAGCUCUUCCUGCAGAACCUCUGCCCUCGGCCUGAGAUCUAUGAGAUCUUCACGUCUUACUCCAACAAGCCCACCAUGACGAGGGAGAAUUUCACCAAGUUCCUCAACGAGAAACAGAGGGACUCUCGGCACAACGAGGAGCUGUUCCCCCGUCUGCGACAGGACCAGAUUAAGGCUCUGAUGGACAAAUAUGAACCCGUCUCUUCCAAUUCAAACAGAAAUCUGAUUUCCCCGGAGGGCCUCCUGUUCUUCCUGAUGGGGCCCGAGACGUCGGUGGUCAUGCAGGACACGCUGGCCAAGAGUCAGGACAUGACUCAGCCGAUACCCCACUACUUCAUCAAGUCCUCCCACAACACAUACCUCACAGCCGGACAGUUCUCAGGCGUGUCCUCUCCGGAGAUGUACCGCCAGUGUCUGUUGUCCGGCUGCCGCUGUCUGGAGCUGGACUGCUGGAAGGGGAAACCACCAGAGGAAGAGCCCAUCAUUACUCAUGGCUUCACCAUGACAACUGAGAUACUCUUCAAGGAUGUGAUCGAGGCCAUCGCAGAGAGCGCUUUCAAGACCUCCCAGUAUCCGGUUAUCCUCUCAUUUGAGAACCACGUCGACUCGGUGAAACAGCAGGAGAAGAUGGCCAACUACUGCAAAACCAUAUUCGGGGAUGCCCUGCUAACAGAUCCGCUGGACAAAUACCCCCUGAAGCCGGGCCAGCAGAUCCCCAGCCCAUCCGAGCUCAUGGGUAAGAUCCUCAUCAAGAACAAGAAGGGCAGCCACGAAAAGCCGGCCCAAACUAAGAAAACCAGCACGGGCGCCACCGACCCGACCGCAACCACCGCCUCGCCCACCCAGGACCCAAACUCCGCCUGCCCGGAUCCCGCCAACCCGGCGCCUGGCAGCCAGGAGAACCACGAGGGGGAGACAGCUGUGGAGGACGCUGAGGAACAAGAGGACACGGAGGAGCAGGACGAGGAGAAGAUGAAGACGUCGGAUGAGGGCACAGCUGGACAGGAGGUCACAGCCUACGAGGCCAUGUCGUCCCUGGUCAACUACAUCCAGCCCAAUAAGUUUGUCUCUUUCGACAAUGCCAGAAAGAAAAACAAGAGUUACGUCAUCUCAUCCUUCGUGGAGACCAGAGGGGAGGCAAUGAUUUCCAAGACUGCUGUGGAGUUUGUUGAAUACAACAAGAGGCAGAUGAGCAGGAUUUACCCCAAAGGGACGAGGAUGGACUCAUCCAACUACAGCCCCCGGCCCUUCUGGAACGUGGGCUGCCAGAUGGUGGCGCUCAACUACCAGACGAUGGACUUCCCCAUGCAGCUCAACAUGGCUCUGUUCGAAUUCAACGGCAGGACCGGCUACCUGCUGAAGCACGACGUCAUGCGCCGCACCGACAAAAAGUUUGACCCUUUCUGCGACAGGAUCGACACGGUUAUCGCCAGCACACUGACCAUAAAGAUCUACUCAGGCCAGUUUCUGUCCGACAAGAGCGUGAAGACGGGAGUCGAGGUGGAGUUGAUCGGGCUGCCGGGAGACCCCAAGAAGAAGUAUCGCACCAAGUGGUCCACCACACCCAACGCCAUCAACCCGGUGUGGAACGAGGAGCCUUUUGUUUUUGAGAAGAUCCUUAUUCCAGAAAUGGCGUCUCUGAGAAUCGUGGUUCACGAGGAGAACGGUAAAUUCUUGGGACACAGAAUUAUUCCGCUGGACGCCAUCCAGUCAGGUUUCCAUCACAUCUGCCUGCGCAGUGAGAGCAACAUGCCGCUCACGCUGCCCGCUCUCUUUGUGUACAUCGAGGUCAAGGACUACAUCCCUGCAGCCUUCGCAGAUUUCACAGAUGCCCUUUUCAAUCCAACCAAAGGAGCGGAGAAGACUACAAAGGCCCCCAAGGAGUCAUCCGCUGACUACGUUUCUCCCUACGAGAAGCCUCUUGUGGUUGAAACCCCAACAGACACGGCUAAGGAAAGCGAGGCCGCUGCCGCAGAACCGGCAGCAUCCGAACCUUCGCCCCCAGUUGACGCCAAUGACCAGUCAGCCGGGUCUGCUCCGGAGGCCGCAGAAGAGGCUAAAGAAGAGACCGAGGACAAGACGGACGCUCCACAAGCUGCAGCAGAACCUCCUGCUGAAGAUCCGGCCCCGGACCCAGAAAGCUCCACACCAGAAACCCCACCCGAGUGCCCGGCUGUGCCCGACGCGGCGGCCCCCGAGAAGGAGGCCGCUCGAGAGCCAGAGGCGCCUCCCGCAGUCACAGAGGAGCCGGCGAACGACCCCCCUGCCGCCCCUUUGCCUGCCGCUGAUGACGCAACCGGCCCGGAAGCUGCCGGAGGGCCCGUCGCGGUGGCCCCGCCCGGUCCGGCCAGCGCACCGGCCGAGUCGGUCGGAUCAGGUGACUCGUCUCAGCCGCCGGCGUCCAGCGAAGAGCCUUCAACCGUGGCCGCUGAAGAGCUGACGCAGCACAAGGCCUAUCUGAAGGUCGUCAAGCGUCAGGAGAGGGACCUGAAAGAGGGAGAAAAGAAGUGUCAGAAAAAAGUGGAGGAUCUGAUUCAGAAAUACUCAGACACGUUCAAGACCAUGAAAAAGAAAGCGUCUUUGAAGAAGAAGGAGGGAGGGGGAAGCACCUUUGACCCUGAGCGCGUGCAGGAGCAGAAGGAAAAGAUGCAGGUUGAACUGCAGGACCUGUGGACGGAGCAGGUGGAUCACCUGAAGAAGAGGAAGGAGCACUGUGCAACAGAGAGACUGGCCAAACUGUUGGAGUUGGCCGCAGAGAGGCACGCCGCUGAACUGAAGACCCUGGAGAGAGAAGAGAAUAAGAAGAAGACACGUUCAUCCUCGGGGAAAGCAAAGUUGAAAAGGGGAAUGAGCACAGAGGUGUUGGAUGAGCCUAGUCUGUCUGACAGUACAGCUUCAGAUUGCAGCCCACAGCAAGUGACUCUCGUGAAGAAACAGGCUGCAACGCUGGAGGAGAUCAAGGCACUGACCAAUCAGCUGAAUAACGAGGCCCUGCAGGAGCACCAUCAGAAGCUGAGGGCUCUGCCAGCGGAGGUGAAGCAGGCCGUCAGCGUCUGCGUGGGGGCUCACUUUCCCGAAUUGGUCGACCAGGCCGGAGACACGAAGGUGGAGGGGGCGGCCGGCUAUGCGGACGUCUUCCUGGGUUAGGUGUGCCUUUUGACCCCUGACCCCCCCCCCCAAUUACAUCCUCCCUCAACCUGUUGUAACCUGGUUUAAUGAGUAGUAGAAAAAACGUAGCUCUGUGUGGAUUUUAGUUUGAAGGAGCUGGUCAUGGAGGGAGCUAUUUCGGGAGUCAUUAAGCCUGUAAUUAUAUUUCUGUAGGUGUCCUCUAGACUGAAUAUUUGAUCAUUUGGAAAUUAAUCUUUAUUUGAGUUGCUUUUUAAAAAGCCAAAAUUUAUUCCUGGGUGAAAGGCCGCUACUGAAAGCUUUCCGUUCUCCUCAUGACAUCACAAGUAGGAAGAAACGUAGCUGCAAAGAUUGUUUAUCAAAGUCUGCAGGCUGAAUGAGGACAAUGGCUCCAAUCUUUCACACUUCAGCCCCCCCCGGUGAGAUUUGCUCUGCGAAGCAGAACAUUCACGCUGAUAUUUAAUGUGUAGUAGUAGUAAGGAAAGAAAUACAAUUUUCAAAAACAUUUUUAGUGUAACAAUGGUGUGAUGGCGAUGGAAAUGGCAGCACCAGUCCAUCAAUUUCCCCCCUGCAUCAUUUGCUCUAGUUAUCAAUAAACCUUUCUUUUCACUUUA